UGUCAAUGUCAUCAUUGAUUAUUUUACACAUUUGAUCGAUUCCGAUAUAUUUUUGCUAUUUUAUCCGCUUUUGUGGCAAUUUUCUAAGCAAAAGGUAUGGUAAACCUGGCUGAUGCGCUAAUGAUUAAUACGGUGACAGAUGGGGCUAUGAAUUUCUUACGCAAUAUCGGUGUUUUCAAGGCGAAAUCAGUCAACCAAGUACCAGCUCCAAUAAUUGUUAAAAUGCCACUAUGGGAACUCGCUCAAGAGGCAGGGCCUUUUGUGAGGCUGGCCGGGCUGAGCGGCGCCGCUGCUGUGGUGCUCGGAGCAAUGGGCGCCCACCGAACAUUCCCUGAAACAGACACAAAGGAAGACCUUAGAAAAAUAUUUGAUACAGCUAAUAGAUUUCACUUCCUUCACACGCUCGCCUUGAUGACUGUACCACUAUGCAGACGACCUUAUGUUGCUGGUGCUUUCUUCGUAGCUGGUAUGGGCUUGUUCUGCGGCACUUGUUACUACCAUGCGUUCACGGGAGACAAAUGCUUCCGGCGACUCACCCCCAUCGGUGGAUCUUGUCUCAUUUUAGGCUGGAUAGCUAUGGUACUGUGAGCAGUAGCUAUCAUAGUCAUUUAUAUUAUAUCUAUGUGGUUGUCUUGUAAUGUCAAAAUAAGCUAUUUUAGUGUAGGAUAAUAGUGAAUUUAAUUCAUUAGACUUCUAUGUAUGUUCUAUGAAUAUUUUCAAACUACAAUUCCAUUGAUGAAAUAAGAUUUUAUUUACAGACAAAUGUUUCUAUGGUAGGUACAUAUUUCAUAAUAUUAUAUUUUAAUGGUAAUUUGGUAAUUUAUAGGCAUAGACAAGUAAUUUAUUGCACAUGUAUUAUCAUCAUUACAUGCUAAACUUAUGAGUACAGAAUUAAAUUUACUCAUGUAAUGUGUCAAGUUAGUUUAUAAUUUAUGGGAUUAUAUUAUAAAAUCAAUACAUGUGGUUUUCUUUCUCUGCAUCUUAUAAAAUUUGAUAAUCUAAUAACAGAUUUCUAAAUGUGCUGUGCAGAGAACAGCUGUUUUAACACAAUUUAGCACAGCAGAGAUAACAACUAAGUGAUGUUUCAUUUUUCCUUGUGUGACUAGAACAAAAUGUAAUAAAAAUGGAUGGACUUCACUAGAGAAAGUUUUAUAUAAAAUGAAGUUUACCUAUGUGGCACGAAAUUCUGACUGAUUUAUUUGCUUAUGAGAUACCUGCUGAUGCAUUUGCUGUCUUCCUACAGGUUGACAGUGAACACUGGGUCGAUGCGAUAAUCAUCACGGCCACUACGGUUAUGCCCCUAUGAGAAAUUAAGCAUGUUAGUUGACAAAUAAAACAAAAGGUUGAUCAAUAUUGUUUACAUGGUUUUAUUGAAAUUGUUACAUAUUAAAUUUUGCACUUUUUCUUUACUCAUUAAUCAUACUUAAAGUUAAUCAAAACAUACACCGUUUGGUAAUAAAUGCUAUUGAAGUUCAUAGGACUCUAGAAGAUUUUCUGUGGUCCAUCAAACAGCUUGCGUAAUCGUAUAAUAUAUGUUACCUAAAACUAUAAACAGUGGUAGCGGUACUUCGGCGACGGGGCGCCGCGUCGCGGGCGUCGGACGAGGCGGGCGCGUCGCUCGAUCACAUAUACUAUUU